AUGGUACCAUUGCUAUGGGCUCUUCUUCCUGAUAAGGCAACAACUACCUAUGAGAGGCUUUUAAGUCUCAUCAAAAAAGAAGCAGAAAGAAUUGGCUUAGCUUUCAGCACCAAAGCCUUUCAAAUUGACUUUGAGAUGGCAGUUAUCAAUGCAAUAGCCAUUCUGUUUCCUUAUGCUCAAAUAAGAGGUUGCUUCUUUCAUUUCUCGCAGUGUUUGUGGCACAAAAAUUCAAGAGUUAGGCUUAGCAACAGAUUACAAGACUGAUGGCUCAGCACUUAG